GCAUGCGCAUUUCAUCGCAACAUGUCUCUACGGUCUCUGUCGUGUGAACUCAGUCUUCUAGCACGGAGCGAUGGUUCUGCAAGAUUUAAACAUGGAGAGACAAGUGUCCUCGUGUCUGUUUACGGUCCUGGACAGGUGAAACCCAGUAGAGAAAUUCUCAAUAAGGCGACGUUGGAAGUUCACUUGAAACCAAAGACAGGACUCCCAGGUUAUGGUGAAAAGGCAUUAGAAAAAAUACUACGAGAUACAUGUGAAGCAAUCAUUCUCACAUCACUGCAUCCUCGAUCAUCAAUCUUGAUCAUUUUACAAGUGGAACAUGAUGACGGAUCUCUUCUAUCAUGUUGUCUCAAUGCAUGUUGUGUUGCUCUAAUGGAUGCUGGUGUUCCAAUGCGAGGACUUGUUUGCGCAGUUUCUUGUGCAGUGUCAGCAAGUGGAGAGCAAGUGAUAGACCCCACAUUAGAGCAAGAACAGGCAGCUUCUGCGGUGCUAACAUUUGGUUUCUCAACUAACUCUGAUAUUAUUACAUCACAUAUGACCGGACAAAUAUCACAAGACAAAUUUUAUUCAACACUCUCUCUUGCCUCGUCAGCUGGCAAAGCAAUUUCUGAUUUCUACAGAUCUUCAGCUGAGAAGAAGUUAUCAAAAGUGACGUAAUAGAUUUGCUAAUUACAAUAUAAGAGAGAGAGACAAGAAGCUAUGAUACGUGUUCAUUAUUUCUUAUUGUAAUAGGUAUAUGCAUAGUACUAUUACUGUAAUGUACUAAGUACUAAUGUACUAAUAAAUGUUGUACUCGCUUCAGA